AUGACAGACAAACCAGUAGUGACGCUGCUCCAGCAGCUCAUGGAAAUCCCCUCAACAAGCGAAGAGGAGAACAAAGUCGGAGUAUUUCUCGCCAAGUAUCUCCAAGACCUUGGCUACACCGUCGAAUUGAUACCAAUCGCCCCCGACUCCAACAGAUGCAAUGUAUACGCCUACCUAGGCAGCGCCCGCAAGGCGCGGACAUGCCUGAGUUCGCACAUAGAUACGGUGCCGCCGCACAUCAAUUACCGUCGGGAGGGAGACGUCAUCUAUGGCCGCGGCGCGUGCGAUGAUAAAGGCCCGCUCGCGGCGCAGGUCAUUGCCCUCGAGGAGCUGCGCGCUGAGGGGGCUGUCAAGGAGGGCGACACGUCUCUGCUAUUUGUGGUUGGGGAGGAGAAAGGAGGAGUCGGCAUGUUUGCGGCCAAUGACAUGAAUCUCUCCUGGGAGGCAAUCAUGUUUGGCGAGCCGACGGAGAGCAAGCUCGUUGUUGGCCAUAAGGGCCACUUCGUCUUUGAGCUCCACGUCAAGGGUUUCGCUGCGCAUUCCGGAUACCCUGAUAAAGGUAAGAGCGCCAUCUCCAUUCUCGUGGCGCUCUUGUCGGAGCUAGAGACUCUAGAUUUGCCGAGGUCUGAGUUACUGGGACCAUCGACGUUUCACUGCGCGAAGAUCAAUGGCGGAGAGGCAUUUAACAUCAUUGCGGCAGAGGCAUCUGCUACAUGUGCUGUACGAAUUGCUACGGGUCUUGAGGAUAUUCAAAAGAAGGUUGCGGAUGUGAUCAGCAAGUAUCCAGAUGUGUCUAUGAAGCAGCUAUUUGGAUACUCCGAAACUCUUCUGGAUUACGACAUCGAAGGUCUUGACACGAUGCCUGUCGCGUAUGGAACCGAUGUCCCGCGACUAAAGGGGGACCACAAGAGAUAUCUUUAUGGGCCAGGAUCUAUCCAAGAUGCUCACGGGGUAAAUGAAAAGGUGACGAUCCCAGACUUGGUCGAGGCAGUCGCAGUUUAUAAACGACUUGUAAAGACAUGCCUGGCAAGGUGA